AAUGUGAUCAAGCAAAUGUCAAAAUCACUCGCGAAACAAUUUAAUUUCUGAGAAUGCCAUUGUUUAUUUUGUUAUUUCUGUACCCAUUUUAUCUAAAUUAAAGUUAUCGAUGCAUUUAACAAUAUGUCGACAAUCAUAAAAUUUGAUCUCAAAGAAUUAAGAAAACUAGCAAGUGACAAAAACUCUUGUGUUGUAGAAAAGAAAGUAACGCAGAACCUAGCAUUACAACCAUGGUGUCUUGGAAAUCUGAAGGAAUCUGUUAAGAAUUUAUUAGAUUACAAAAUUGGAAAAUUUGAUAAAGAAUUCAAUGGGAUCCUGUUGAGCUAUAAAAACCUACGGAUAUUACAAAAUGUCGGAUCUAUUCGAAAUGAUAACGCUGACAUACAUUUUCAAGUACAAGCAGACUAUUUCAUAUUUCGACCUCAUGUUGGUGCAACAUUAAAAGGUGUAGUUAACAAGAAGAGUCCUACUCAUCUAGGAAUUCUUGUCCACAGAGUAUUUAAUGUUGUUAUCCCUCGUCCAACUGAAGAGCCAGGAAAUAAAUGGAUUGGAUCAAGUGUUGAAGAAGGACAACAAGUUGUUUUUCGGAUAGUGGUUUUAGAUUUGUAUGGAGCAUUGCCUUACAUCAGAGGAGAAUUGGAUGAAAGAUGGCUGAAACUUGGUCCUGAUGGUGAUGAUGAAGAAGAUGAGCCAACUUCUAGUCAACCAAUGAAUGUGUCUUACAUCAACUUUGAUAAAACCAAGCCGCAUGUACCAAAACAAAUUGGGGAUGGAUUACCUAACACCACUUCCAAGUCUAAUAAAACGCACUCUAAAUUGAAUAUGUCCAAGAAUCAGACCAAAAGCAAUUCCAUGAAUCCAGAUAAUCAACCACAAGAAAGUAAACAGAGUCCUGCCAGAACCAAAAAAGUUGAAAGUGAGAUUAGUGUUGUUACAGAAAAAACGAAAAGCAAAAGACAAAGCAAAGCAUUAGAACCAGAUUCAAAGCAAUCAGCAGACAUCAAUACAAGACCAUCAAAGAAACAUAGAAGAGAAAGUUAGAAUACAAUUAUUUAUUUGGAAAAUUCACUAUUUUACAUUUACAAACUACUAUAGUAAAGUUUACAAUGUACUUUGAUUUAAUAAAAUAAUAAACUUUUA